AUGAGUUCGAAAUUCAUAAUCGAUAGUAUGCUACCUAAGUACCACCAGCAGUUUCAUCAUCAACAGUUAUUCUCGAGCGCGAAUCCCGGCACGAUCCAAGCGUGCACAACGAGCCCCGCGACCGCAAGCCUUGAAUCGAGCCUAUCCGCGGCUGCAGUCGCGGCCGCGGCCGUCAAUUACGCCCAGCAACACAAUUCCCCAAGCCCGACGGGCUCCAGCCCUCAGCACUCCGGAAGUUCCGCGUCGACCUCGCCGGCGGCGCGCACCACAUCCAGCAUGUACCCUUACGUAUCCGCGGCAGCCGCCCAUCAUCAUCACCAGCAGCAGCAAGCGGUCGCGGCGGCGGCAUUCGGUGCCACGUCCAGCAUGGUGCCGGGCUUCGGUUCGACCGCUGCUUCGAGCGCCGCGUUGGCCGCGGCCGCGGCCGUCGACGCCGCAACCGCCGGCGACAAAUCUUGCCGAUACACUGCGAGUUUGACCGGGAACGUCGCCCCGACGUCCGCCGACCCGAUGGUCAACUACACCCUCGGUCAUCAUCACCAGAACGGGGCUACGCCCGGAAGUUUGGUCUCCUCAGCGUCCGCGUCGUCGGCCGUCUCGGCGGCGUCCGCCUCCAUGGCCGCCGCCGCUCAAUUCUAUCAUCAAGCGGCUGCAGCGUCGGCCGUCGUCGACCCUUUGACGUCCUGCCAACAAGCCACCACCGGCCAGCCCGGGAUCUCGGACAUACCCCGAUAUCCGUGGAUGUCCAUCACCGACUGGAUGAGCCCCUUCGACAGAGUCGUGUGCGGACCGAACGGGUGCCCGAGGCGCAGGGGCAGGCAAACGUACACGCGGUUCCAAACGCUCGAACUCGAGAAGGAGUUCCACUUCAACCACUAUUUGACGCGACGGCGGCGAAUAGAGAUCGCGCACGCUCUUUGUCUCACGGAACGGCAGAUCAAGAUAUGGUUCCAGAACCGGCGGAUGAAGCUGAAGAAGGAGCUGAGGGCGGUGAAGGAGAUAAACGAGCAGGCGAGGCGGGAGCGGGAGGAGCAGGACAUGAUGAAGAAGCAGCAGGUGGAGAAGCAGGCGAAGAUGCAGCAGGAGCAGCAGAACGCGGCGAUGCAGCAUCAGCAACAGCAUCAUGUAAGCGGACUGGACAAGACGCAGAGCGAUCUUCUGAAGGCGGUCAGUAAGGUGCCCACAUAG